ACCAAUAACCAACAACCAACCCUAAGCUUCUUCCUCAACUCCUUUAUCCCCAAACCAGUUCCCUUCCCACUGUUUCAGGUCACAAAUCAAUCAUCCGAUCUUCAACCAUGGCUUCAAGAAAGUCCGAUAACCCUCACUCCGGCGACGGCGCCAGUCCCGGGAAAAUCUUCAUCGGAGGUUUAGCCAAAGACACAACCCUAGAGGAGUUUGUGAAGUACUUUGAAAGGUACGGAGAGAUAACGGAUUCCGUUAUCAUGAAAGAUCGGCAUACCGGCCGUCCUCGAGGAUUCGGGUUUAUCACUUAUGCGGAUGCUUCUGUUGUUGAUCAAGUUAUUCAGGAGAAUCACAUCAUCAAUGACAAGCAGGUUGAAAUCAAGAGGACUAUUCCAAAGGGUGCAUCUCAAACUAAUGACUUCAAAACUAAGAAGAUUUUUGUUGGUGGCAUUCCAGCAACUGUAUCUGAAGAUGAGCUCAAGAUCUUCUUCUCGAAGCAUGGGAAUGUUGUGGAGCAUGAGAUAAUACGCGACCACACCACUAAGCGUUCUCGUGGAUUUGGCUUUGUCGUUUUUGAUAGUGAUAAGGCUGUUGAUAAUUUGUUAGCUGAUGGGAACAUGAUUGAUAUGGAUGAUACUCAGGUUGAGAUCAAGAAGGCUGAACCAAAGAAAUCUUCAAAUUCAUCUUCUUUUCCUUCAUUUGGUAGUGAUUCUAGGGCACGUUCUUACAAUGGUGGUUUUGGUGGAUUUGACGAUUCUUAUGGAAGUUUUCCUGGCGGAGGUUAUGGCCCUGCAUCUUAUAGGUCGCUUGGAGGUAUUGGUGGUAGGUUUAGCGAUUAUGGUGGGUAUGGAGGUGGAGAUGAUUUCAGUGGUGGUUUUGGAGGUUAUGGAGGCAGUGGUGGUGCUGGUGGUUAUGCGGGAUAUAGAGGAGGAGAAUCCUCAUUCGGUUACUCUGGCCGUUAUGGAUCCUACAUGGGGGGCCUUGGUGGUGGAUAUGGUGGUGGUGGGUUAGGCCCAUAUGGGAGAGGUGGGGGCUAUGGAAGUUACGGUGGUCCAGGCACUGGUGGAGGUUAUGAAUCUGGCCCUGGUACUGGUUUUGGUGGGACAGGAGGACCCUAUUCUAGUAGGGGAGGUUAUGGGGGCAGUAGUCGUUACCAUCCUUACACAAGAUAGUUUUAUGACUAAGCUUUUCAGUAGAAAUUGCAUGCAGGUUUAAGCAUUUUCUCUAGUUACAAGGCACUUACUCCAGGUGGGCACUCUCUAGAAGUCAGAUGAACCACUAGCAUGUCUGUUUUAAUCAAUUGCUUAGACAACCGAAGAUAGAACUUCAUCAAUCUAGAGCUUUCUGAACAACAUCAAUCUAGAGCUUUCUGAACAACAUCUAGAGCUUCCCAUCAGUCAUCAGCCUAUAAGAUUUUAGUUAGAUUAUGUUUUUUUGUUAUAAUCAGAUGUUUGCAAGUUAGACUAUCACCAUUAUGGAUAUCAAUUUUAGUUAGUAUCACAAAGUUGUGUGAAUGUGUACCAUUGUAGGUUAUGCUUAUUAGAAUUUUGUUUGAAAGAGUAUUGUUCUUGAUCUUUCCUAUAGUUAUGCUUGGUGAGCCUAUAUUGAAGAUGUUACAAAACCUUUUCAGGUUAUAAUACAGGUGCCAUGAUUUAGUUGCAUGUUUAGUUAGAUGAAUCCUAUGAUAGCACUCAGUUAGUUUAAACAGGUUCCUCAAGUUACUCUUCUUCCUGAAGGGUUGGUUUGAUUGUUAGCAAUCAUAAAUUGAAAUUAGAAAUGAUUGGACUAUUGAUCUGAACCUUUAUCCUGACAUACACAUUCUUAUAUUUUGUUAGUGUUAGCAUUGGAGAGUUGAUAUUAUCUGCCUAUAGUGGUUCUACAAGGGAGUUACAAUGAGAAACCAAAUAAUGCCCAAUGGGCAGCAUAUCCUAAUUGUAGUUUUUACAAUUGUUGGGAAUCAUAUCUAGUGAGCUUGAUUUUCUUUACUUUUUUUAGGCACUUGCUGCUAAGCAUCUCCAAAAUUUAUUUCAGACAAACAAGGUGUUUUGUAUUUCUUUAUGAACUAUUGAUGAUGCCAGUAGCUGUUAUACUAACUUUGCUUUUUGAUAAUCUUGUGGCCUCUACAAUCUUUAAAACAUACCUUGAUUUGGCCUAGUCUAUUAGCUUUAAACUGUUGAUGAAAACUUUUAGCUGGUUAAUUUUUAAGGGAUUGAUACAUAGCCAUUGAUACAUAGCCAAGCAAUUAUUGGAUAUUGACAUUGUAGUCUUGUAAGUUAUAGAAUUACCCCAAAUCGUUUAAACAAGUUAUAUAGUAUAUGGAUUCUGAGAGGAUUGGCUUGUACCUGCAUUCGUUUUGAAUGUUAGGUAAACAGCCUUUUAUUUUUUUUGGUUACAAGGUAAACAGCCUUUUAAAGAUAAUGUUAAUAUUAUUAUUAUUUUUAUUUUAAAUAAUGGAGAGAUAAUACUCCCUCCGUUUCACAAUACUUGUCCAUUUUGAAGAAAUUACACAUACCAAGGAAUCAAAUAAAUGUUGUCAUUUUUGAUGAAAUUCUGUGUUUUUUCUAUUCAUUCUAUUAUUUCUCUCUCUACAAUAAAUAGGUAAGGGUAAUAUUGAUAAAUCAAUUAAUGUUGCAUUGAAACUUGAAAGGGACAAGUAAAAUGAAACAAAAUAUUUUUUAAUGUAUUGUGAAACGGAGGGAGUAUAAUGUAGUUUAAUGUAUGUUAAAUCGUCUUGACUAUUGGUUGGUUUUUUCAAUUUUGGAUUUGUGGAACGAGCCAUGCUAAUGAGAUGUGCAGAAAUUGCUGAGAAAGAGUUCCUCAUAUCACAAAGGCAAGAGAAUCAGAUGUGGAGAACAUCCCGUCCUUGUGUUUGAAGUCCAGGGAUUUUCUAGUAGUAGAUUUAUGAGUAAGGGCUUCAUGUUUCACACUUUUGUAUCUGUUAUUGUAUUUUUCCCCAAGUCAAUGUUUAUGCUGCUUGUUAAUUUUUUCUCAAUAAAAGAAACUUUUUUGAAUUUUUA